CUCACCCAACACGCACGAGAGCGCCGCCCCAUCCUGUUCCCACACCGCAUCUCAUUUUCUUCUCACGCUCUCGCACAUCACUGCCACGGCGCACACCGACGGCGGCGGCGGCAGCGCACAUCGGCGGCCAGCGGCGCGUUCUCAGCAGCGGCGGCGGCGAGCCCGCGAGGGGAUCGGCCGCGGCAGGCCGGCGACGGGCCGAGGCCGACGACAGCGGGUCAACGGCAAGCACGGUCCUUUUCUUAGCCACUUCUCAUAGGUUGAUUCCCCAUUUGGCCCCAAAUCCAGAUUUUUCUUGUUCAUCCGAACGGAUAUUUGGAACAUAGGUUUUAAACGCAUGUGCUUCUGGAGUCAUCAUCUGUAGAUUAACUAGAGAGUAAAAGCUUUUGUUUCAGUGUAUAAAGGAGGUCUAUUAGGUUGUGACAAAAUUAGCUGACACUGAUUUUAUACUGGUCGAAAUGGAUUUAGAAACCAUCAAGAUUCUUUUGCGCUACCCUAGAGGUUCUGUUGAGUACUUAGCUGGAGUAGAUGGAUUUCUUGAAUUUGCAUAUAAAGAUAAGUUAGAGGAUACAAAGAUUUAUUGUCCAUGUGAAACAUGCGUACAUACUAUGCUACUUUCAAAAAAUGAUGUCUAUGAUCAUUUGGUGUGCAAUGGAAUGCUUCAGAGUUAUGACCAAUGGGAUUUUCAUGGUGAGUCUUCAGAGGAGCAAAUUAGGAACCAACAACCACAGCCUCACAAUGAAGACAUGCGUGCUAACAUGCACGAAUUAAUUAAUGAUGCACUUAGGACUGUGUAUGACGACAUGCCUAUGAGUGAUUCUGCAGAUUCGCCAUGUACACACACUGAUGGACCAAAUUUAGAAGCUCAAGCAUUUUAUAAGUUGGUGAAAGAUUCAGAGAAGCCUUUAUGGGAUGGAUGUGAACUAUCACACUUAUCUCUGCUAGUGCUUUUGUUCAAUAUGAAAUCCAUGAACAAAUGAAGUGAUAAAUCAUUUGGAGAUCUACUUGAUAUUCUUCACAUGGCAAUUCCAAAUGGAAAAGAAUUGCCAAAAAACUUUUAUGAGGCUAAGAAGGUGGUUUCAAAAUUUGGUCUAGAUUAUCAACAAAUUCAUGCAUGUCCCAAUAACUGUCAGCUGUUUUGGAAAGAGAAGGUUAAUGAUGAUUUUUGUUCAACUUGUAAGGCUUCUAGAUGGAAAGAUAAAAAACCAGAAACCAAGUUAACGAAGAAAGAAAGAAAGAAAGCAACGCCAAGCAAAGUCUUAUGAUAUUUUCCAAUAAAGGAGAGGCUGAAAAGAUUGUUCAUGUGUAGAGAAACAACAUCGCUCCCACGUUGGCAUGAUGAAGAGCGCUUAGUAGAGGAUGGUGUGCUUCGACAUCCAGCUGAUUCUCCGGCAUGGAAGAACUUUGAUAAAAGGUUCAAGCAAUUUGCAUCUGAUUCUCGUAAUAUACGAUUUGGGUUAGCUACAGAUGGGUUUAACCCAUAUGGUAUGUUGAGCUCUACCUAUAGUUGCUGGCCAGUUGUUUUAGUAAUAUAUAAUCUUCCACCAUGGCUCUGCAUGAAGGAACCUAAUCUUCUAAUGCCAUUAAUAAUUCCUGGGCUCAAAAGUCCUGGAGAUAACAUUCAUGUUUUCCUCCAGCCGCUUCUAGAAGAUUUAAGAGACAUAUUUGUCAAUGGCAUUUCCAUAUAUGAUGCAUUUAGAAAUGAAACUUUUAAUUUGAGGGCAGCUGUACUGUGGACUAUAAAUGACUUGCCAACUUUAGGAAUGCUUGCUUCACAUAUGGUGCAUGGAGAAUUUGCAUGCCCGCCUUGUGGUCCAAAUGUAUGGUCCAAACGUUUGGCACAUGGGAAGAAAUCUUGUUUUAUGGGUCAUCGUCGAUUUUUGCCACCUAAUCAUGAAUUUCGUUUUGAUAGAAAUUCUUUUGAUGGAACCACAGAGAUUAGUACAGAGCCUAUGACUUACUAUGGGCGUCCGGUAUUGGAUGAAAUAAAUGCUAUCGGUGAUUUUAAGAAGUCAAAAACUUAUAAGGCAGUAAGUAGUUUAUUCACACUACCUUACUGGGAUGGCAAUCUUCUUCGGCAUAAUCUUGAUGUGAUGCACAUAGAAAAAAAUGUGUGCGACAAUAUUUAUGGUAUACUUCUAAAUUUAGAAGGAAAGUCAAAGGAUAAUCUCCAAGUUCGUCUUGAUCUCAAGGAAAUGAACAUUAGAGGGGAGCUCCAUCCACAACAAAGAACUUCAAGCAAGUUCUACUUACCACCUGCCAGCUUUACUAUGUCCAAAAGUGAGAAGCAAUUGUUCUGUAAAGUUCUUAGGGAUAUAAAAGUUCCUGUGGCUAUUCUUCAAACAUAUCUAGAUGUGUGAACUCUGCUGAAGGAAAAAUUCAUGGGCUCAAAACACAUGAUUGCCAUGUUCUAAUGCAACAAUUGAUGCCAAUUGCUUUGAGGGGUAUUCUUCCCGAUGAAGUCACAUCUGUCUUGUUUGACUUAUCUGCUUACUUUCGAGGAAUAUGUUCAAAAGUUCUCCAUGUUGAUGAGCUUGACCGUUUGGAAGAAGCAAUUAAAAUCACAUUGUGCAGAAUGGAAAUGAUAUUUCCUCCUGGAUUCUUCACUGUUAUGGUUCACUUAGUCGUCCAUUUAGCUACUGAAUGUAAGAUUGCUGGGCCAGUUUGCUAUCGAUGGAUGUACUUUAUUGAAAGGUACCUGGGUAAAUUGAAGUCGUAUGUUCGCAACAAAGCGCGUCCAGAAGGUUCAAUUGCAGAAUCAUAUUUGGCAGAUGAGUGCAUGGCAUUUUGUUCGCGAUACUUGGAAGGUUUCUCUACCAAGCAUAACAUACCAUCAAGGAAUAAUGACAAACCAGAUCAAUUUGAGACUCCCAUGAGUAGGCAAGAAUCCACUUUGUUUCCUCCAGUAGGAAAACCAUUGGGAAAACCAUCGGCGUACUCCUUAACUGAUAGAGAGAAAUUGCAAGCAUAUAGAUAUGUGCUAUACAACUGUGAUGCUAUAGUGCCAUAUCUGAAAGAACAUGCUGCUGAUUUGCAAAGGAAGAAACGCAAAAGGCUAACUCCAAAAAACAUUGAGAACAUGCAAAAUGAACAAUUCCCUGAUUGGUUCAGAGAUUAUGUAAGUCUCAAAAUUUAUGUUUCUCUUUUUCAAAUACUAAUACAUCUUUUGGUUUGGUGUAGAUCUUGCAGUUGGAGAAUCAAAGAGGUAUCGAUAGUAUUGAUGAGGAUAUUAGAUGGCUAGCACGUGGACCAAUUGAGGUAGCAAAACGACAUAGAGCAUUCAAUACCCAUGGGUAUAGGUUCAGAUCAAAGCGUUAUGCCAGGGUGACUCAAAACAGUGGAGUUGUUGUGACUGUAAAAACAUCGAGCUACACGUCCGCCAGUGAUACUAACCCUAUCCUUGGUGAUAUCAUGUAUUAUGGAAGGGUACUUGAUAUAAUUAAGUUAGACUACUAUGGAAAUUUCUCAGUUGUGUUGUUUAAAUAUGAAUGGGUCGAUGUAACUAAAGGAAAAUGAGUGAAAAUAGAUAAGUUUGGCUGCAAACUUGUGAAUUUCUCAAAUAAAAUUCAUACCGGUGAAAAGAUUGAGCAUGAGCCCUUUGUAUUUGCAAAUCAAGUCAACCAAGUGUUUUACAUUGAAGACCAUUUAAAUCCAGGGUGGUCUAUUGUAAGGAAUAUGAAACCCAGAGAUGUAUUUGAACUGGGCGAAGAAUGGAAUGAUGUGGAAUGCGAACCAUACCAUGUCAAUAAUCUUGGGGAGCUAUUUGACAGUGCACAUGAUGGUCAGACAUGGAUUCGAAGAGAUAUAGAAGGAACAACUGUCGAUAACAUGGUAACUAAUUAAAGUAAUUUUGGAUUGAGAUUUACUGCGAUGAAGGCUUCUUCACCACAAUAGCUUUUCUGGAUGAAAAUGUCAUUCGUAUAUUUCCUUGGAUUGUCUAAGUGAUUGAGCCAGAUCGAUUCAACUUUUUAUUUGCAUACAUAAGUCCUGUAAUAAUGUUCUACAUUAGUUAUAUACAGAAUUGGUGGUUAGAUCUUAUUUUUAAAUAUCCAGGAUAUCAUAUUGUUUAUAUGAUGAGAAAAAGGAA